AUCUGACAGACAUGUUAGCAACUUGAAUGUCUUUAUACGCACUCUUCGGGCUCUACCAUACUUGAGAAGCCAUUUCUUCGCGGGGAUGCCUGCAGCUGGGCCUUCGAAAUCAAUUAACGCUUCCAUCCAAAGGGUUUCUGAGUGCUCAGACACAGCUCGCACACUUUGUGGAACAGGUAUGCUACAAGUUACAUCUUUGGCAACAAAAGGGGCAUUGAUACCGGUGUCUGAUUAUUGUGUUAGAGGAGGAGAAAAGGUUGCUAGCAGAGAAUUUGAGGGCUUGAUUUGGCAGUUUGAGUAAUGGCCGCGGAUCCAUCUUCUUCGUACAAAUUGAAUGCUGCUUUCUUAAUUUGAAAAUGAAAUGCAGCAGAUGGGGUGAGGAUUGCUUUCGUUACUUGGAUUGAAGAUCAGACACACAUGGGACAUGAUCAUGUCUUUGAUGGUAAUGAUAUCGAUGAUGAUGUGAACCAGGAGCAUACGAUGCUGGUUUUGCACUGGAGUUGUGUUCUGUAUGCUGGCAUGAACUAUACUGUAAGAUGGCUAAAGAAUUCAGAUUUUGAUUCAUGGUGGUAUAUUAUGGGUAAUAUAAUUCUUAUUUUCUGAUAAUAAAUUUUAAUUAAAUAUAUCUUUGCAGAAAUAGUUAUAAAAUCAGACCCGACACAUAAUCUAGCCUAAAGCAAGCUCAGGUUGAGUUUAAUAACACUUGUGCGAUGAUGGUUGGUGUUUAAUUUGUUCCUUUGGCUUUAUUUUUUGGCUCUAACAGUAAAACUUUUGUGUGGGAAAACAAACUCGAUCAAGUUUUUCUUUUUUAUCAUAUCAGAAAGCCCUAGGGCUAGAAAGAGCUUCCAUGCUUUCUCCUCUUUCUUUCGUCCUAUAAUUACGAGAAAACCCCUUCUUCUUCCUCCUCAAUAAUUCAAUGGCUGCUGCUGCUGCUGCAUCAUCUUACAAGAAAUAUGAGACAAGAAGCCGAAACCCAGACCCGAAAACCUCUCUUCUUUUAGUCAUCGACGUUCAAAACUACUUCUCCUCCAUGGUCAAUCCCAUCCUACCUCAACUUCUUACUACCAUAGACCUCUGCAGACGGUCCUCCAUCCCUGUUCUCUUCACUCGCCACAACCACAAGUCUCCCCCCGACUACGGCAUGCUUGGGGAGUGGUGGGACAACGACCUCGUUCUUGAUGGCACGGUGGAGGCAGAACUCAUGCCCGAGAUCCGACGUCUCGCGGGACAGAACGAGGUGGUGGAGAAGAACACUUACAGCGCGUUCGAGAACACGGGGUUGCAGGAGCGGCUGGUGGAGAUGGGUGUGAAGGAGGUUAUUGUGACGGGUGUGAUGACUAACUUGUGCUGCGAAACGACGGCGCGUGAGGCGUUUGUGAAAGGGUUCAGGGUGUUUUUCUCCACCGACGCGACUGCCACGUCGGAUUUGGAGCUGCACGAGGCCACGUUGAAGAACUUGGCAUACGGGUUUGCUUAUCUGGUCGACUGCGACAGGCUUCAAGAUGGGCUCUUGGGUAAAUAAAUAAAAUAUAAAUUAAUUACUAUUUAAUCGCGUGCUUUAGCGCAAUUUGGUUUGUAUUUAUUUUCUUGGAUUUGAGUUUUUCUUUUUCUUUUUCUUUUUCUUUUUCUUUUUACAUGGAAUGCAUGAUUGUGUGUUUUAUGCAGAAAUAAAUUAAGGUUUCUUUUGCCA